GGGAGGAAAACCCACAGACAGAAUAAGCCGGCAGAAUGCGCCGAUCGUCAUUCUUGGAUUGUAACUGCGACAGGCGCAACCGAUCCGAGUGAAAAAGCACGAGGUGCAGAAACAACCAACACAGUACUCGCUCGCGCCUUUUCCUGACGAGGUCGAAACGGACGCACGUUCGUUCUGCGCGUUCACCAAGUUGUACAGAAAUGGCACGAUACGUUGAGGACGUGUACUACGAAACUGCCAUUAAACUGACGCGUGAAGCUGCCCAGAUUCUCCGGGAUUCCAUCAACAGUCUCAAACACAUCGAUGAGAAAUUGGGCGAUUGGGAUCUCGUCACCGAGUACGACCGUAAAAUAGAGAAUGUUAUCAUCGACGAACUCAAACGCGCAUUUCCAAAUCACAGGAUUAUCGCGGAGGAGUCGACCGGCAAGGACCUACCGGAAUUAACGGACACUCCUACGUGGAUCAUAGAUCCCAUCGAUGGCACCACCAACUUCAUCCAUGGAUUCCCGCACACGUGCGUGGUUAUCGGUUUGGCCGUGAAAAAAGAAAUGGUUCUUGGUAUCGUGUAUAAUCCGAUUCUCGAGCAGCUAUUUACGGCGAGGAAAGGACGAGGCGCGUUUUUGAACGGGAAACCGAUCCACGUGUCUAAAGUACAAGACUUAUCGAAAGCUUUGGUCUGCAUGGAAUCCGGUUUCAUAAAGGUAGAGGAUUUACGAGAGAAGACGAUGGAGAGGAUCCUAGCUGUCGUUAAAGCGGCUCAGGGCAUUCGCACUCUCGGCGUGGCGGCAUUAACGUUAUGUUACAUCGCGCUCGGGAUCGUGGAGGCCUAUCACAUCGAAGGUCCCGGCAUUUCGACGUGGGACAUAGCCGCAGCGUCGUUGAUUAUUUCGGAAGCGGGAGGCGUCGUCGUAGACCGCAUAACAGGCAAACCAAUCGACAUUAUGGAGCCACGUGCAGUAGCCGCGUGCAACGACAGGAUCGCUCGCGAUGUCGUUAAACUCAUCCGUGAAGCUGAUCAACGGGUGGAAAUGAGGGCAAAAUAACGCCGACAAUUUUAAAAUAUAUGUAUUGACAAUCUCUGUUAUGAUUGAACUGCUCGCAAUACUUGUAGAUCUCAAGUUAUAUCAUGAAUCAGAAGAAAGUAAUAGACCUUUCGAAGGGGUAUUAUCAGUUAGACAAGUAGAAAUGUAUUAUCUGAUUUGUGUAAAUGUAAACGGUAAUAAAUCCAUCUCAACUGAUAAAUAAAAUGAUUAAUCUCCUCA